AUGUAUGCAUUCAAAUCUACGAUGUCACGUCUUUUAGGUAUGUUGUUCAUUUUCGCAAGAUAUUCCUUAAAAUUUUCAUAUGAAACUCGCGCUGCACGUACUUGGAAACUUCAGCAUCGCUUUUCUCUUCGAUUCGAUACAGUCAACCAUGAGGCGCUUUUUGUUCAUGAUCAAUAUCGCAGUAUUGUAUGUUCGAAUUUGGUUUUGGAUUAUGUCUAUGUUUUUAAUGGACUUUUUAAAAUAGUUCUUUCGCUUCUUCUAUACGGCAGAUGGACAUUCGGCGCCUUUUACGCUUACGUGAACCCGAACCGAUCAUGUGGGUUCUCAUUAUAUUUAGGCGAAGAAGCGUUGGAGCGGUUUUUGGGUUUUCCAAGAUGUCAGGAUGCCUAUGGAGUUCUAGGUCUUCAGGCUUCAUGUACGGAAGAAGAUGUGCGCCGUCAUUACAAAAAACUCAGUGCAUUAUUGAACCCUGAAAAGGUAACUAAUGGAUUUUCUUGCGUUUGGAUUUGUCUAACGUACAAUCCACUAGAAGGAGCUGAAGAAGCGUAUGAAAUGGUUAAGAAAGCGUAUCAAGUACUCUCGACGCCGGAAGCACGAAAGGCCUACAACUUUAAUCGCAUUCGUCCAUGCAGAAAUGAUAUUUUGCAAAAUGCAAUUUUUGCUGCUGUUUCCGUAAAUAUUGAUGUACAGCAUCACGAAAUUGGAGAGAUCUGGGAUCGUAUCUGUGGGAGAGUCGAAGAGGCCCGCAACUCCAUGUAUUGUGAUUGCGGACGUAGGCAUGCUAGAAUUGCUUUGGAUAUCCGUCAAAGCGAAGCUCGCUACUGUCGACGAUGUAGAACACGCCAUCCUGCUAGAGCGAUCGAAUCAAAUUUUAUGCACAUGUUUAAUCCAAGCGCUGUUAUCAUGUAA